CAGCAUGGCGUCCAAAGUUAUACUCGAUAUUUGUUUAUCUAAGAAAUGAGUUAGUAAUAGAAUUAUCCACUUUCCUAUUGCAAAAUAUUCACUUAAAAUGGCUUCUGCCUGUGUGAGAACAUGUAAUUCACUGAAAUCAUUGAAUAUUGUAUACCCCUUAUCUUUAAGAGUUUGUAAUUCUUCUGUAAUAUCUGUGCGAUGGAGAAAGCCCAGAUGGAUUCCAAAGACACAGAGUAAAUUAUUUUAUGUUCGGAAGCCAACUCCGAGAGAUGAAGAAGAAAACAAAAUGCUAAUGCAAAAAUACGCAAAUUACAGAACGCAAAUGAAAGCAAUUAGGUCUUACUUCACCAAAUUUGUUCAAGAAGAGAAGCAGGCAAGGAAGGAAUAUGAUAAAAGUGUUGGGAUUGAGCAAGAAUUAGCCGAAGUUAGAUUAUCUAUAGAAGUCAAUGCACAGUGGAAUCAAGAAAGUGCCAAUAUAAGAGAAGCAAGAGAAUUAGCUGAAGCUCAGAAAAGUGCCAAGAUAAAAGCUAUAAAAGAUCAGAAACAGAAAGAAAAAGAUGAAGAACAAAUAGCUGAAUUACAAAGUAGAAUUGAUAACAAUAUCAAAUUUUCGGAAAAGUUUAUCACCCAAGAGAACAUGGAUGAGGAGAUAGAAAAAGUGUUAGAUUCUAGAAAAGAUUUUAAUUUCCCUAUUAACAGAAAAGGACAGAGGUUGACUAGAGGAAAAACCAAGCUAAAGGAGGAUAUUUCUUCAGAGCCCGAUGCUUAGUUAGAUGUGUAUUAUCAUAAACUAAUGCUUGUUUACCUAUCCUGUGACACUUAAUUAAACUCUUCAAUUCUCAAAAUGGUAUGGCGCUAUGACGUCCUGGAAACAGUGUUAGAAGUUAAGACUCUGGGACAUCCUGGCACUAAGAUCAUUUAGAGAAUAUGUGGUAAAGAGUAUUAUAUCUAGAUUAUUAUCUUGCAUGUAUAAUCUGAUGUGUAUAAAAAUAUCCUUUUUA